AUGGACAAUAGUAAACCCAAAGAAGGAAAUUCCGAUAAACCACCACAGAAACCUCAACAACAAAAACAGCCAAAAGAAAAUAAACCAAAAAAUAAUAACAAUAAUGAUAAACCAAAAGAUCAUAAUAACAAACCCAAAGAAAAUGGUGAAGUAAAACAAAAUAAACCAAGAAAUCAACAAAAAUCGAAUGAUAAGAAUGGAAAUAAAAGUGAAGGAGGUGAACAAAAAUCACAACAAAACAAACCACAUCAUAACAAUAGUCACCAUCAUCACCAUCAUCACCAUAAUAAGAAAUCAACAACAACAGUAACAUCAACAACAUCAAUAACAUCAACAACAAUAACAGCCACAAAUAAUAAUGCACCAAAUAAAAAUAAUAAAAAUAAAACUUUAGAAUUCCAAUCAGAUAAAUCAUUAAUCACAUUAUUAGAUUUAAAAAGAUAUGAAAAUCCAAAUAAUCAAGAUAGUUGUAUUAUUUGUUGUGAUCCAAUAAUAUUUUAUUCAGUGGGUAUUUGUGACCAUACAGAGGUAUGUGGAUUUUGUGUAUUAAGACAAAGAGAACUUUAUAAAGAUUUCAAGUGUUGUAUUUGUAAAACUGAAUCACAAAGUGUAAUAAUCACCCAAGAUAAAGAAAAAAAAUUUGAAGAAUAUAUGAAAGAGAAAUCCAACUUAUCACACAACAGCAAACUGAAAAUUUACUUUACAAGACCGGAAUUAGAGUUAAGCUUACCAAGACUCUGGAACGCAAUUUGUCAAAUCUGUAAUGAAAGCCAUGGAAAUUUGAAAAAAUUAGAACAUCAUUUGACCAGUGACCAUGCAUUAAUGUAUUGUAAGAUUUGUUUAGACGAUAGAAAGGUUUUCUUGGCAGAACAAAAUCUUUAUGAACCAAAGAAAUUACCAAUGCACAUGGCUGAUUGGGACGGUGGUACAGGUAUGGCAAAUAGCAAAAAGAAAGGUCAUCCAUCUUGCAAAUUUUGUAAUAAAUAUUUUUAUGGCAACGAUCAACUCUAUGAUCAUUUAAACAAAAAUCAUUUUCUUUGCUUUGUCUGCGAAAACAAAGGCCUUCUCUAUCAAUAUUUCCCAGAUUACGCAAGAAUCCGUCAUCAUUUCCAAGAUGAACAUUAUCCAUGUAUGCAUCCGGAAUGUUUAGAAAAGAAAUUUAUUGUUUUCGCUGAUGAAAUUACCCUUCGUUCUCACGAAAUAUCGACUCAUUUAGAUAUGAGUAGAAUGUCUAAAGGUCAAAGACGUAAUGCUACUGCAGUUAAUGUAAACUUUGAGCGUACUUCUUUUUCAUCACAAAACCAAAAUUCAAAUUUUGGUAAUCAACAAAUUCCAUCAGCUGAUUCAUUUUCAACAAAUUUAAGUGGCCAUCAAGUUAUCCCAAGACAAACUACCACCACAACCACUACCACCACUACUACUACCACCACUAAUAACAAUAAUAAUGUUGUUUCACCAUCAGUUUCAAAUGUUAGAUUAUUGAAUGCUCCAGCUCCAUCAACUUUUAAUCCAGAUUUUAUUAAAGAAAAAGAAAAAGAAAUUUCUCAACCUGAAAUUGAUGAAAGAAAUAAAUUACUUAUAACAAAGAUUAAAGAUAUUUUAAAUAACGAUAAGAAAUAUCAAACCUUCAAAUCAUUAUCUGUCGAUUUUAAGAAUAGUAAAAUUGAGCCAAAUACCUACUACACCAAAUUCCUUGGUCUUUUUGGCACCAAAGCAAACGAUAUUUUUGAUGAAUUAAUUGCUCUUUUACCAGACAAAUCAAAGAGAGAAGCUCUAUCACAAAUCCAUUCUUACAUGAAGGUAGUUGAAGAUCAAUACCCAUCAUUAGGUGGCGCUAUUUCUGCAAAAGCACCAAAAACUUCAAAAAAUGCUCCAUCGAAUAUCUGGUCAACUGGUUCAUCAUCAAAUCUUUCAAUUGUCAAAAACAGUCCAUCCAAUGAUGGAAUUUUAUCAUACCCUUCUUUUGUACCAUCAAAUCGUACUACUACCACCACUACAACCACCACCUCCUCAAGAAAUAGUAAUAGUAAUCCAAACUCGGCAUCUUCAAUGGCUUCAAGAUUACAAAGUGUACCAUCCAAAUACAUUGACGACUCUGACUCUGAUGAAGACUCUUACCCAACAUUAUCUUCAAAUAAUAAUCUCGGUGGAGAUAGAUAUACCUCAACAAAUAAUUUUUCGAAAAUACAGGUAGAAUCAAAUAAAAGUUUCGCCUCAACUAUUAAAUCAAACUCAUCAUCAUUAUCGUCAUCAACCACAUCCAUUCCAAGCAGUAGUAAUUAUAAUUUCCCAUCACUUGCAUCAAACCCAUCACUUAGAUCAAAUAAAAUCCCAACUAAAGAUGAAUUCCCAUCAUUACCAGGCGCUGAAAACUUUGUACCAAAACCAAAGAAGGUUGUACAAGAAGAAAAGAAAGAGGAAAAAUUUAUUAAAAAAGGAGGUAAACAAAAACAAGUUUUACUUAAAUUUGGUUAA